UAUAAAAGACUCCGCGACCUUAAAUCGUUGCAGUUGGAAGGCUGAAUGCGACGAGGUCGGUCUUUGCCGCGAUUUAAAAAAUCAAAGUGUCAAAAUUCGAGAUGCGCGCGUUUUUGAUAGCGGUCUGUUGUUUGGUGGCAGUGAGGGCGGAUACGCUGCCGUCCUUCAUCCACCCCUGCUCAGCAUCAGACCCGAACCUGAACAGCUGCAUCGAGAAGUCCAUCGCCCUGGCAGGCCCAACGUUCGCCCAGGGCAUCCCAGCGCUGGGCAUAGCUACACUAGACCCCGUGCAGCUGGGGACGGUGCUGGUGAAUAACCCCAGCUUAAAGAUCACAUUUACGGAGACGGUUGUGACUGGAUUGAGCGGGUUCAGAGUUAACUCAUUCAAGAUGCACCCUGAUGCGGGCAGGGCGGUCUUCGACUUCACAGCCAACGUGACGCUGAAGGCGCACUACGACAUGAAUGGACAGGUGUUAAUCCUGCCUAUCAAGGGCAACGGGCAAGCCAAGAUUAAAAUCACGAACCUAAACAUCGUGAUCAAAUACGACUACGAGACCAAGGAGGGCCACUGGGUGGUCACCGGCUACAAGGACACGUACAAGAUGGACCGUGCCCAGUUCAAGUUCACUAAUCUCUUCGGGGGAAACAAACAGCUAGCGGACACAACAAACAGGUUCACGAACGAGAACUGGAGCCUCAUAAUGCAGGAGAUCGCACCGCCCGCCAUCACGGAGAUCAUCAGGAAAUGUAUCGACGAAGUCAAGAAACUCUUCGCUACUAUUCCGGCUGCCGAGCUGCUGAAAGCGUGAACGGAGACACGAUCCACCGCGUGAUCAACGAGCACUGGGAGGCUGUCAUCCGCGACUUCGCCACCGUUAGCUUCGACCACAUCAUUCGCGCCUGCGUCAACGAGUCCAAGAAACUCUUUGCGGCUGUUCCAGCUGACAAACUUUUACUACCCUAAAUCCCUUCAUACAAAUAAUUCUAAAUUUAAAACCUCGUUAAGUAUCGUUCUUUGGCGUUAUUUAGAUCCCUGGGACUGGAGGGGUCACGCAAAUGUCUCUUGCGCGUGCAAGCUAUGUCCGUGAACAGUAUGUUCAACUAUAGCCUGUCAAACAGCUUUGUCAGUAGAAAAAGGCGCGAAAUUCAAUUUUUCUAUGGGACGAUAACCCUUCGCGCCUACAUUUUUUAACUUUGCUGCUUUUUUUACUGACGGAAAUAGCUUGAUAGACUAUGCAUGCACUAUUAGUUGCUGGCGUGUGCCGGUAUAUCUGCAAGUAACUGGCGCGAAUUGCGCAAGUAGCAUGCGCAAGCUCUUUUUAGUAAGCAUUUUGUUGCUCCAAUCACGCUGAUGCAAAAAUCUGUUCGGUUGUAUUACUGACGAACUUGUAUUACUUUGAUCACUCGACUAACCCUCAUCUUAAUAUCCACAUAAUGUCCCCAGUUGGACGAAGAAAUAGUAUGCGUGCGUGCGUAAAUGAGUCCAAGAAAGUUUUUGAUACAGCCACCCAGCUGACAAUUUUUUUCUGCCUUGAUCACUCCAAAGAGAUUGGCAUAAAAUCAACAAAUUUUUGAUCACGCAUACCUAUAUCUCUUGAUUCUUAAAUAUGGUCCGCGCAAAUGCAAGAGCUAUUAGACUACUUGGUAAAGCAAAGACGUUUUCCAGAUAGCAGAAGCUGCUAAAGCUGCAAUUACAAACUGUGGAAGUGUCACCAUAAUAUUCAAAUUUCUUUGUCGAAUAUGUCGUUUAUAUUGGCACCACCACACUUUGCACGGUAGUCAGCUUUAGUGAAAGCUUAAGAUGGACUCUAGGAGCCCGCUCAGAUAUUUAGCUUAGUAUCUCCCUAUGGCAUGGCCUCUCCAAUGAGUGACAGUAUAGGGCGCAAAUUAAAUUAUAUUAAUUUAAUUUAUAUUUUUACAUUUAAAAUACAUGAAAGUUAUACUAAUUUUAUCUACUUAAGCUACAUUUGUAUGAGAAGAAAAAAAUAGUUGUAGUACGAGAAUGUACGUGCAUUGCAAUCUAACCCUUAUACCACUAAAAUAAAGUCUGCCUCACCUGUCUGUCUAACCCUUAUACCACUAAAAUAAAAAAUUAAAAAAGAAUCAGGGCGCUGCCCACAGCAGGUAGGUGUGACAGAGAGCACACUACGUAUUCGCAUACAUCGUGUUUGACUCAACUAUAGUGGAAAAUUCUCUUAAAUUAGACUGAUCACAUAAAUCCACUCAAUCUGUUUUGAACUUUUUCCCUUAAAACUUAGAGUACACAUUAACUUGUUGUUGCUUGAGUUUAUUUAGGUGUGUGGCUUUAGUUUAGAUUAGACUACUUACUUUGGAUACAAGGUAUAUUGGGAUAACUUAAGACGAAAGUGGAGGACCCUUUUCAUACAAAUUGAGUCCUCAUUUUCCUCUCUCGAUAUUAACAUAAUUGAAAAUAUUUUGACACAAAUAGUUGUAUAUCAACUACUCACUACUACACGUUAGAUUUUUUUGAAUUUUUAAUUAUUUAUUAUAAAAGUUAAAAAAAUUGUAUAAAAUCUGUUUUUACAAAUCAGGAGCUGUGGUUGAUAUAUAUCAAAUUAUGUAAAAAUAUUUUCCAUACCGUCAACAUCCAGAUAGGAAAAUGGGGACUAUGUUUGCGUGGGGUUUAUGUAACGAUGAUUGCUUCCCAUCAGGCGGCGGGUCUGCUCGUUUGUUGCCUAUGAAAUAUGGAGAAGUGGCCAUCCUCUUUCCUCUUAAAAGGGUAAUUUCGAAAAUUGCAUCUAUGAGAGCAUUUUUUUCUUGUUUUUCUACUGUAGCAACAGUAAGCAAAGUUUAUGCCUUGUUAAGUGUUGCAAUAUUGUAAGUGUCGCCCAAAGUAUGUAGUGCUUCUGGUUUAGUAGAUUAUAGUGAUUUUCAAAAUUACCCCGCUUUGGAAGUUACCCCGAUGUACCUUAGUUUGAGGCCUUUGCUGAAGGGCAAGCAGACAAAGAGUACAAAAGAUGGGAGAUAAUGUGGAACUGUUCUUUGCUCUGUAAAUAAAGGCUAUUUUAUUUUUAUUUAUUACCUUAGUUUGGUUUAACAAUGUUAAGAUGAACUUUGAACUUUGGGUUUAUUGUGAUAUUUAAUGUAGUCUGGCUUUAAGUAUUGAUUAAUAUGUAUUCAAAAUAAAUGUUUUAAGAUGUAAAAAA